AUGCGCCAGGCGGCGCGACGACGGCCACCGACGGACAAUCCUACCGCAUCCGCUUCCGCCCGGUCUGCGCACGCGCGCUCCCCGCCCUCUUCUUCCGCUGCGUGUUACCCGGGCAACAACAUUCCUAUGGAUGACCACGGAAACGUGGCCACCACCCCGGACUUUUCUACGAGAGUGGAAAAUUCACAAGGACAGUCAGUUAGACCCUCAGUCACGUGGGACCUGAGCUCGCCUUCGUCUCCAGCGACCACUCCCCAGGCGCCUUCCGGUUCUGGCAGCAUCCCCCAGUCUGCGCUCUUACAGCGCGAUUCGCAGAACAACCGCCAUGAGGUCUGCUUUGGGGCUCAUCCGCAGACCUGCUUCCAGCGGCCGCGGCCGACGCAGGCCCCUGUGCUGUUCAGUGUAAUGAAUUCCAGUGAUGUAGCGGCAACAAAAUUUUUACCCAAGAGCCACUUAUCUCGGGUGAUUAUUCGUGACAACCUCAGUGCACAGCGAGUCUUUGAGAUGGAGACAAAAGCUUCCGAAAAGAGCAAGAGGAAGACAAGCCACUUGUACGACCACCUGAAGAAGAAGUUCAUCACAGACCAGCUCAGGAAGCUGAACCGCUGGCGACACGAGUCCUUGAGCCUCCAGCAGUACAUGAACAACCUCCACGUCUCCAACGACCAGGCCGCACCCACACCGGAGCCUCAGGAGAAGCCGGUGUGA